AUGAAAUACUUAAUUAAGUUUAUUGUUUUAGUUCUGAGUCUUAAUAAAUUCUGUUUUGGCAUAAAUUGUAAUUCCGAAGAUAACAGUGCUGAGAGUAGAGUUAAACGACUUCUUUUCUGUAAUGGCUACGAUAGCACAGUCAGACCUGUUAAAAGUCAUAAGACACCAACAGUGAUUAAUGCUAAAAUGUUCAUAAAAAAUUUAGAUUUUAACGAACAUGGCUCAACGUUAACUUUAAAUGUAUGGAUGGUGAAUAAAUGGAAAGAUGAAUUUCUGAAAUGGGAUAAAUCAGAAUAUGAUAAUUUGAAAGACAUCGAUGUGACUUCGUCUACAAUUUGGAGACCCGAUUUUGCACUUUUCAAUGCUGAUAUAUCUUACGGUAUUGGAUCAUGCCAUGAAACCAGUUGUUAUAUUGCAAACAAUGGAGAUGUGAUAUGUGUUGAACCGUGCACUUAUGUUGCACAUUGCCAAUCCAAUUACAAUUCAUGGCCUUUUGAUGUACAAAAUUGCACAAUGGUUUUCGGUCCAUGGAUGAAUAGUGAAGACGAAAUUGAUUACAAAGUUGGAAAUACUUCUAUCGAUGAUGCGGAUGGACUCGACACAGAAUGGAAAUUAAUUCAAACUGGAGUUACAAAGAAAUCGAUUUCUAUUUCAUCAGCAAAUUAUCCUAAUUUAGCUUACUAUUUUGUAAUUGAAAGACAUUCAGCAUUAAUCUUGAGAAUUAUCGGAGCAUCCAUUGUAAUUUUGAUUAUCAUUAAUAUUUUGGCAAUGUCGAUUAAUCAAGAAAUGAACGAAAGAUUUUUCUUAUUGAUUUUCAACAUUCUUCUUCAUUUUCAAACUCUUCAUCAAUUAUCUUGGAUGAUUCCGCAUGAUGGAAGCACAACACCAAGAAUAUUGAUAUUUGUAAGAAAUUCACUCAUCACAUCAUGUUAUCUGAUGUUACAAUCACUCGUGAUUAGAAAUAUGUGCCUAACUGAGUCAACACCUCCUGACUUCAUCAAGUCUUUCGUAAUCUUCAUUAAAGAAAAGCAUCUUGGCUUGAUUGUUUUUGGUGAUGAUAAAGAAAACGGCAAACAAACUGAUGAAAAUAUUUUGAUUGAACCGAGCGAGAAGACAAAUUCAGUUAAUAAUAAAAUAUGGCGAAAUAUUUGUUCGUUCUUAGACAGACUUUCUUUUCUGAUUGUAACGGCUCUCUAUGUUAUCAUGUGCUUCACUUUAAUUCCAUAUCAAUAUUCAACACGAACAGAUAUUCUCACUUUAUCUCCACCUCCUAAAUAA